AUGAACGCUCGAUCCAUGAUACUACCAGCACUGGUUGUCAUUCUUCUUUUGGUCGAAAAAAAUCAUGGAUCCACGAUCACGAUGGAACGCAUAAAAAAGGCGGCUAGGAAGUGUUGUGAUGUGCCACGAGUCAAUUGCUGUAUUGAUACGAUUGUUCAUCAGUGGGUCAUCAUCAACUAUUGAUAUUGAGAAUCACUGUCUGUUUUAUAGGAUUCCAAUCAAAUGCGACUAUGAAUCGGAUGAAGUGCUCGAGAGACAGAUUCAUAAUUGCCUUCAAGGAGAGAUUUUCGAGAAAGAAGCUAGAGUGGAUUUAGAUGGUGAGCAAUGCUUUCAGCUUCAAGCUUUGACUUGUCAUUCGCUAAUUCUGACUCCACCUUCCGGCCAAUCACUAACAUCUACCGUAGACUUGCCACAAGAUCUGACAAUUUCCAUUUCAAAUUGUGACCUAACCUUCAAAUAGUCUCAAACCGUUUCCCGACGAAGAGACCGCCCGUGCGAUCAUUGAUUGGUUUGUGGAAGAGAGAAACAAAGACCGGGUGGCCACACGUUUGUUCUUUUUGCGCUCCUCGUAGGCCUGUUUUCCGUGCUCUUCACAUUUCACACAGCAGCUAAGAUUAGACGAAUUCGUUUCCAGCAGUCGAAUCUCACAUCAACUGCAAGUCUUCUAGAAUUUAUAUCAACAACUCCUGAUCCAACAACUCCAAACCUGAUCCAAACCUGAUUUGCAUGGGGCCUCAUCAUAAAGAACCAUUUAUUGUCCACAAACGCACAUUCUUGCACUGUGCACACACACACACACACUGAGGGUCUUUGGGAAGAGGAAAAAUUAGAGAAAAGGAAUACAUAGAAAGAGUUCUUUUCAAAAACCUUAGCUAAACCAUUGAAAGCAAGAAAAACCUCUGCACAGGGCUCAUUGUCAUCACUCAUUGGCUGAUUGUUCAUAGCUUGCAUUGUCGAAUGCUUCGAGAAGCGAGGAUAGCGUGUGGGCGUAGAGAGACUCGUGGCCGCCAUUUCCGUCAACGAUCAAUAUACUCAAGCGAACGUCAGAGGUGGCUUGGGCACGUUUUGACACCUCGAAUCGGCUGAUUUGGAGGUUUUUAUGCUUAUUUUGAGAUAUCCUAUCAACAUUCUUGCUUUGAAAUCAUUUACUUUUUAAAAAUUCUCCCCUUCAAAGAAUCGUUGUACUUUUUGACAUCACGCUGAAAACGUCUUCAUUUAGUCUUGAAAUGGUUUUGUUUUCUCUUUCUCUGAAAUUUUGAGAAUUCUUUUCAUAUUCCAUUUUACCUCAGUCGAUAGCUCGUUUCUGUUCGAGUUUACAACCCUUUCACACUCCUCCAACCUCUUCCGCGUCGCUAUUUUGAGUGCAUCCUUUUCAAAGUGCUCUAAAACUUCGAGAAAAUUUUUUUUCGCAUUUCGAACCCGGCUCAUUAUCAAGAUUUUUGCAUGUUCUAUCCGACGGUACCACUUUUGAAAUGGCUGAGUUGACUGGGUCCCGAGAUAUGAGCUCUCAAAGUUGAAGUUUCGGUCAGGCUUCCUCAACUUCUCCGUGCAGUUUGGGUUGUGUUCAUCUCAGUUGUUCAGUGCUCAUUGUAAUCAAGAAUAUCCUGUGAUAUUCUUGAGUCUAGAAUCAGGAAUCCAAUCGAGAAGCGUCUUCUUAACACCACUUAUCUUUGCUACCGUAGUAUCUUAUCCUUCUCUCUCUCUCUCUCCCGUUCUCUUCUCACGGGCGUCGAUUGGCUGCUCGACCUGGCCCGUAUCCUCCAAUUCCCCUGGCAUCCUGUGUUUGCCAGAUGUCUCUUGGGCCGAAGCAAACGGAAAUGGAGCAACUGCUCUUGUAGGCUUCUUUUGAUAUUUUCUGGAUUGAACGGGACAGGGGAAGAAUUUGAAGAUUUUGAGGAUGGCCUAGUUUGGAAUGCUUCACCUCAAAACAAGAUUCUUCAGCUCGCAUUUUGUCUAACUAUCUACAUACCUCUUCCUCCCAAUACUCUUUUCCCUCUCCGAAACAUAUGUCUUACUGUCAAUCAAUCUAGACGGUCUGGGAUACGGUAAUGGAGGCCUGGGUGCCAAGUGGUCCACUGUCUUCCCAAACGUCUCGUUUUGCGGUCCGCAGUAAUAAAGGCUCGCCCAACAACCAGCAAGACAGUACAGUAUUUGGGGAUACGGUGGACAGUGAGAGGUACUGUAGACGAAAGUAGGUCAGCACGUUGUGCACACACCGUGCAAACAAUUGGUGAUAUUGGGCGUAGUGGGAGUCCGGAGGCGUAUGAUAGAGAUUGACACUUUCUGGUAUUUUUCAUCGUGAAAAAGGCGUAUCAAACGAGGCAUACUGUAGGCACGAGCUCAUAAACGAAGCAACGGAUCACUCAAAUCUUUUCUUCUUAUCAGUGCGAUUAACGGUGUUUGUUUUUAAUGUGCUCUCAGAAGUCCUCGGCUCAUUCUCGCGUCCCGAUUUCUUGAACAACUGUUUAGUUUCUUCUUGCUCUCUACCCCUUCCUUUUCCUCUUCGUCGUUGUCCAUUCUCGCUUUUAUCUUAAACCAUCAGUCGCCUCUCAGAAUUCUCAAAAACGCACAAACAUCUGUCGGGCAGCACUCAAGCAGGCUCCUCCUCCUCUCUCUCUCUCUCUCUCUCUCCCUCUCUAGCUCCGCCCAUCCCUGUUCCUCAUGCUACCUCAGAUACAAUUAGUCUCAGUCCGUUCCAUCUUGCAGACUCCGUUUGCUGCACGGUCUUCGGGCAUGACGCCACCGACAUCGGCAAGCGCUGCGAGCACAAAUGCAAAGACCUGAUGAAAUCGCCGUCGGUGGACGCGGCUACGCGACUCGAUCGCAUCGAGCAUUGCAAGAUUGUCGACAACCCGCUCUACCAGGUACAAACCCCGUUUUCUUUUGGCGCUGUGGCCUGACCGCUGGCCGGGCCGGGUAGCUCCUCUGCUCCGAACAGGUGGUCUCAUUCGGGGCUUUUCGAAAAGAUCACGCAAACCUCGUGAAGUUGUAAUUUUUCAGUGCUUCACAAAAUGCCGUCAACUGCGCAGGCGAGGGUUCAAGAUCGAAGUGUUGAGGUUCCGUGAGUACUGCAACGUCACCGAGAACAUCACUCCGCACUCGUCCUCGUUCUUCACCACACCCUCGCCCAACGCCAAGAAUGUUCGUCACAGACCGCGCUAA